UUCGUCUUCUCCGUUUAAUCUUCAUGGUUCUCUCUCUAGGAAGAGAUCUUAUCCUCUCUCUAGGAAGCAUGUUUGGGGGAAUCAGAUUUUUGUUUCACCAAUUCUCUAUCAACCUAUUUCGUUGGUGAGUGAUGCUUUCAAAAUCAAUCUUCCUCUAGUAGAAGAGAUGAGAUGUACUUUUGGCAAACCCAAUCAGGAUCUUUAGGACACUUUUUGGAUCCUCUCAGUCAACGCAAUCGUGAUGAGACUUGGAAGAAUACUGUGAAUAUGGCCUUGAAACUGUUUAACAUAGAGAAUGACAAGCACGAGAAGAAACAAUCUUUGUGGGAAAUAGUCAAGGGAUCAUUGUCAAGUAAAAUCAAUGCCUUGGGUGGAGGAUCUGACAUGAGACAUAUGUAUGAUACCUUUUGUGGCUAUUCUCUUGAUGUGGUGAAGAUGAUGACCAAGAAAAAUCUCACUCAGGAGGUUUGGCGACUUCAAGUGGCUUUGGGAGAACAAACUGAAAUGUCAAAGAGAAGGUUCAUUGUAGGAUUUGCUUCAAGGAGGAGAAUUGUGUUGUCCUCCUUCCCUGUCGGCACCACAUACUCUGCAAGUCCUAAUACAUUUAUUGAAACUCUUGGAGAGCGGAUGUUUAAGCCAUAUUUGUCAACCAUCCUUCAAGGGAAUUCAAAGAUUGUUACCAUCACACCAAUUGAUUCAGUGUUAACUGCAGCCAAGAAGAUGCUUGAGUUCAAAAUAAGUUUGGCAGUCAUGACAAUUGAAAAUAACAUAUGGAAAUUUAUGAAGUAUGUUGAGAGUGGAUGGAAUGCAUACAAGACCACAUAUCUGAUGAAUAGAAAAUUUAGGUAUUCAUAACUCUUUGGUUAAGUGUUGUAAGCUACAAGUGUUUUGGUUAUUCAUAACUCUUUUGGUUUAGGGAGCCUUCUUUUUGCAACUAGUUCGUUCAUCACAUGUGUAGAUGUGUAGUUUAAACCAUAUUUUUUGCGCUGAAUAUUAAAAUGCAUAUAUGAUAUA